AUGGCGGCGGUGCAGAGUCAGUGGCUGUGGUUGAGAGUCAGUGGCUGCGGUGCAGAGUCAGUGGCUGCGGUGCAAGGGUCAGUGGCUGCGGUGCAAAGUCAGUGGCUGCGGUGCAAGAGUCAGUGGCGGCGGUGCAGAGUCAGUGGCGGCGGUGCAAGAGUCAGUGGCGGCGGUGUAGAGUCAGUGGCGGCGGUGCAGGGUCAGUGGCUGCGGUGUAGAGUCAGUGGCUGCGGUGCAAGAGUCAGUGGCUGCGGUGUAAGAGUCAGUGGUUGCGGUGCAAGAGUCAGUGGCGGCGGUGCAGGGUCAGUGGCUGCGGUGCAGGUCAGUGGCGGCGGUGCAAGAGUCAGUGGCGGCGGUGCAAUGGUCAGUGGCUGCGGUGCAAGAGUCAGUGGCUGCGGUGCAAGAGUCAGUGGCGGCGGUGCAAGGGUCAGUGGCUGCGGUGCAAGAGUCAGUGGCUGCGGUGCAAGAGUCAGUGGCGGCGGUGCAGGGUCAGUGGCGGCGGUGCAAGAGUCAGUGACGGUGGUGAUGCAAGAGUCAGUGGCGGCGGUGCAAGAGUCGAGUGGCGGUAGUGGUGCAAGAGCCAGUGGCGGCGGUGCAGAGUCAGUGGCGGCGGUGCAGAGUCAGUGGUGGUGGUGGAAGAGAGCGAGAGAGGCGAAGAAAUUGUAA